UCUGUUGUGUAGAAGAGAGAAAAAGUUCUAAGUGUCUUCAAUUAAUUAGAGUUCGAACGAAAAUCUACGUCCCGACUCAAUUCAUAAUAAUUUCUCCUUAAAUAAAGCCUUAAUUUCAUUAAAUUUUGUCUUGACUUUGCAGGUUUGCUGCGUUGUGGCAAAAGCUGCCGGCUGAGAUGGGUCAAUUACCUCCGCCCUGGCAUCAAGCGCGGCAACUUUACGAAAGAGGAGGAAGAAACAAUAAUCGAACUACAAAGAGUGCUGGGAAACCACUGGUCGAAGAUCGCUUCGUUCCUUCCCGGUAGAACCGACAACGAGAUCAAGAACAUCUGGAACACCUACCUCAAAAAGAGAACCAUGCCCCAAAACAGCAACUCGACGCUCAAAUCAGGCGCCGAUACGAGCAACAUGAUCGAGGCACAAACCCGUUGCGUCAUUUCGUCGAACACUUUGCCUCCAAAUCCGUUUGAGCUUGUUGCAACCGCUACAGAACAGAAGGAUCUGGCUGUACCUUUUGAAUCAGGGAAGGAUCCUAUUGGGUUUGGUGAAAGCGAGAGGUGGAUGAUGGAAUUGGCGGAGGAGCUCGGCCUGUUUGACGAGGUAGAGGUUGAGGAGAAUUGGGAGAAGAUGGGAACAGCAGGAGGAGGAGAUCCGGUGGCUGCUUUCAUUGGCAAUUUAAUAUGAUUUAUGUUUAAUUGCUUAUGUAUGUGAAUAAGAUUGAAUAUAAGAAAAUGUUCAAAA